AUGACAUCACAUCACUACACCCCAACAAACAACCCUCUCCCAAGCAACCACUACAACUACACCUACACCUCCACCUCCACAGUCUACAACACACAGUCUACAAAACCCAACCUACCCAACCCAAGCUACCCCAUGACUAUGAGCAAACUCCCCCCGGAACUCCACCUCCAAAUCGCCACGCACCUCCCGGCUCCCCCCGACCUCUCGCGGACCCACCUCGCCCAAACAAACCACUACUUCCACGCCCUCCUCCCCCACCCCACGCACGCCGAGCUCCUCGCCGCAGAACUCGACCCCCUCGCCAUCGCCCACGACCUCUACGCCUGCCGGUACUGUCUGCGGCUACGGCGGGCGACGCACUUUGCGGACCGGAUGGUGCGGCGGGGCCGGGGCCGGUUCGGGGCGGAGCGGGAGCGCGCGAAGCGGUUCUGUCUGGAGUGUGGGGUCUGUCCUCGAGAUGGGGACCUGGGGGUUCGGGAGAAUGGUGGAGGACGGCAAGCUGAAGGUCCGGCACAAGCACAAGCACCGCGCAGCGAAGCGCGGUACGGAUAUGGGGAUCUGGUGCGCGUGCAAGGGGUGUGGAUGGUGUUCUGUGGGCGGUGUCGGGGGUUGAGGCGGGUGGUUCCGUCGUCCCCAGCAGAUAAAAGGCGGGGAUUGCAGCAGCAUUUGCAGGUUGGGUGGGAGGAGGAGCAGAGUAUCGGGAUGCGCAUGGGGAGGGAUUUGGGGUGUGAGGGGUGUUUGUAG